UAUUAACCUUUUUAAAAAAAUCUGUUUGAUUAAUUCUGUUUUACAGACAGCUGCCAUCUCUCCAUUUUAUGCAAAUACGUUCUGUUGGUUUGUUUAUUUAUUCAUUUGUUUAUAUCCCGCCUUUUAUUGUUUUUAAAAACAAGGUGGCAAACAUACAGAACACUUUCUCUUUUUAAAAAAAAAUCCUAAAUAUACUACUGUUCUGUUUUACUCAACAGCUGCUAUUCCUUCUAAUUCAAAAACUACCGUGCAGCUAUUCUGUAUUUUUUUUUUUAUGGAAGAAGGAAUGGAAAAAUCAAAUAAUAUUAUCAUGUAUCCUAUCAUAAAAUUCUUUGAGUCAGAACUGCUGAAAGAAAACAGGAUUGCUUGAAAAGGAUGCCUAGGUGACAUCUCUCUGCCAACAUGCUUGUUAUCAUAAACUUCAAAGAGCAAAUGUAUUUACUCUCCUGCUUCAUUUUGUAAGUGGAUUUGCAUUGGGUGGAGUUUCCCAAGGAUUCUACUUGGCAGGUGAAUAGCCUACUGCACAUUAUUCCAGAGUCUUCCCAACAGUCUGUCAAAUCACAUUUGUAGAGGAAAGCAAGAAUGCAUCCCAUGCUCCAGUUCCUCUGGUUUGCAGUCUUUGCAACCUUUUGCUAUAUUGAAGCUUUGGUGAAAUGUUUUAUUCCCGUGAAGAGAAAAUCUGUGGCAGGUGAAAUUGUCCUUAUCACUGGAGCUGCAAGAGGCAUCGGAAGACUCAUCGCCUUUGAAUUUGCCAAACAUAGAAGCCGAUUGAUUCUCUGGGACAUAAACAAGGGUGGCCUAGAGGAAACAGCUGAAGACUGCAGAAAGCUGGGAGUCGAAGCAUAUCCUUAUGUGGUGGACUGCAGUUCGAAAGAGGACAUCUACAGUGCGGCUGAGAAAGUAAAAAAAGAUGUUGGAGAUGUUACUAUUUUAGUGAAUAAUGCCGGUGUGGCAGUAACAGGAGAUCUGCUUUCAAUUCCGGACAAGCAAAUACAAAAAAUAUUUGAUAUCAACAUUCUGUGUCAUUACUGGGCAAUAAAAGCUUUCCUGCCAGCUAUGAUGAAAAAUAACCAUGGUCAUAUUGUCAGUAUUGCAUCAGUUGGUGGGUUUGUGUCGGUUCCUUUUCUGUUGCCUUACUGCUCAAGCAAGUUUGCUGCUUUAGGGCUUCACAAAGGCUUCACCAAAGAAUUAUCUGCUCUGGGCAAAAAUGGGAUCAAGACUACCUGCGUAUGUCCAUUUUUUGUAAGCACGGGGCUUGUAGAAAACCCACAGUCAAGAAUAAUACCUGUUCUGAAAGCUGAGGCGGUUGCAAAGAGGGUCAUGGAUGGGGUACUCUGCAAUCAAAAGAAGAUCGUUAUACCAUCCCCAGCUGCAAUGUUCUCUCUGAUGGAAAUAAUUCUUCCUGAGCGUGCUAUGGUGGCUUUGGAAAACUUUCUCAGUAUCAGUUUUGGUGUGCAGAAACAAGAAUGACUCAAAGUAUCAAAUCUUUGGAAGCUUUCCAAAUUUGCAAUCACAUUUCUAAUAUGAUGAUUUUAUACUUCUUAUGUAAGCUGCAAAAGGAAUGCCAAGCACUAUUCUUCACAAAUCUAUAUUACCAUAUCUUUUUCAAGUACUGGUGUAACACUCUGAUGAGUUUAUUUCUUCCUGACAUAUAAAGAAGACAUAAACAUAACUUCAAACCCA